AUGAUUUAUGAUCACAAGAAAAUACAUAACGAGAGCAAAUACUUUGAAUCAAAAGACGGUGACAGUUUCGUCUUAUCUAUAUCAGCAGUAAAGUCAAAAGACAUUGGGAAUUAUCUUGUAAACUGUGGAAACCCAGGUUAUACUAACCGGUCUUAUCUAAAAGUUGCUGUGAAUGGUUGUAACGAAAAAUGUGGCGAACCUUUAUUUACAAACAACAUCACAGAAGAAGAUUCAGUUACAUUUAAAUUGACUGUUUACCCUGGUAAAGACGUGACCGUGGAAAAGAAACUAGCGUCGACGUUUGGACAAAUAAAAGGUGGAAAAUACAAUAUUACAGAGUUUGCAGAGGAAAGGAUGCAUAGCCUCUAUAUUUUAGAAAAAGACUUUAGUGACAGAGACGAACACAGAGUAAAUUGCGGGAACAUAUUGCCGAAUUCAAUACGUCUGAACAUUGUUUCACCAGAAAACAUUGACGUUAAUGUAAGUGAUGUUGCUGGAAGGAAAACAUGGUAAGGUUCAAUGUAUUGCUAAGAACAGCACACUACAGUCAAGGCCGGAACUUUUU